UAUUUCCUUGUGCAAAUUCAUGCUCUACCUCCGUUUUUUAUAGAGUACAGUAACAGAAGCUACAGAUUUAAUAGCCUUUUUAUAUGGCCAUAGUUUCGCUUUCGCACUGGCAUUUUACGAGCGUUUUAUAACUUGUUUACAUUAGGCGAGUGAGCUGGCGAACACCACCCGAAAUGUCACGUAACGGAAGUGCUGGGAAUCAUUUUAUGCAAAAAUCUAUCAAAUCGCUGGCGGGCUGCAUAAAAAUCGUCGUAAAGCGAUUGCUUGAUUCAGAACCAUAGCAGCUGACACAGACUAUUUGUCAGGGAGAAAGAUCCGAGAUUGGAGCGGUGCAACGAAGCGAUUUCCUAAAGCGAUUCUGUGGAGAAUCGGGGAUUAAAUGGAUUAGAUAUUGACCGAGCGGAUCCGCUAUUAAGGCUGCCAAUGGAUGAAAUGAUGCAGGUGAGCGGAACUGUGGCGACUGUGGCCCUGCUCCUGUUGAUUUUAACCCAACUUCCGGAAAUCCAGUCACGUCUUUCCAAUGAGGCCAUUAAGAUUACACAUAACAUAGAUGCAGCAAUGGGAUCUAUGGAAAGGAAUUUUGAAGCGGGCUUUGGAAUCGAUUCUGAAGAAUCCCGCAUCAUUUCCGAUACAUUCGCGAAAUUGGGAGAUUACAUAAAGAAGGAGACCAAUCAAAUUAGAAACCAAAUUACCCUUCCCAAGGGAACGAAAAAUCUUAUUUUGGAUAUCUUGUCUAAUUUAAUACAAUAAAAAAUGUAACUCGAUAUAUAGAUGUA